ACAUUUCUAUAAAUGUAAACAAUGUUAUCUACCCGACCAUAAGAAAAGGUAAUGUAAAGACACACAAAAUGUCUACCUGUUCAAAAUUGUGUAUCUAUUUGACUUAUUUUUCAAGUGUUACAAUUACUUUAUCACAAACUUUAAACAAUUCUACAAAUCCUACGGUGAAUUGUGUUGCCGAACUUUCACACAAGGAAUUAUGGGUGAAAGAAGAUUUUCCUAAUCCUCAAAUUGAUAUUAAUCGAUGCGGAAGACAUUGUAAGAAGUCAUGGAUCUGUGACCCUAAUAAAGUUUUAUCUAGUCAACAAGCGGAUGAGCUUGAUUCUAUCAUUGAGACAGUUGCCGAAUCAGGAAAAUGCAGCUGCAAAAACUGUACCAGCACGGAUGGAUACAAUAUUGCACUCGCACUUGUUCCGUCGAUUAAGGCUUCUAAAACGAGUCUAAAAGAUACAGCAGCUAUGGAGUUCACUCAAUUCAUACGAGUUAACUGGAACUUUCAGAAAUGUGACAACGAUAUUGUUAUAUUACUAUCAAAAGAUGACAGAAAGGUAUACACAGAAGCAGGAACAACAGCCAAUAAGUUUCUUACAGACGAAUGUAUCGAUGAAGUCCACAAUAACAUUGAACCUGAUCUGUCCGAUGGAAAGUAUUACGAAAUAUUAAAAGAAAUGACCAAACAGUACAAAAUUAUAUUAUCAGUAGGAAACUGUGACUACAUUUCUGAAAAGAGGAAAAUGACAAUUGCGGCUUUUACAGUUGGAGCUGUGUUUGGUACGAUCGUUCUCACAUUUUCUAUAUGCGCAUUAAUUCGUAGCCGGAAACAAUGGCUCUGUCAAAAACAAUUGUAUGAUGAGGAAAUUGACAAAAAAGAUGUCCGAACUAGUCGACCAUCAUAUCAUAGCAACAGUUCGUUCGAUGGAGUCGGUGGCGAGGACAAUUUUUGUAAUAUUGACAAAGACAAUAGUGGGGGAAUUAAAGACAGUUGCUGAAUAUAUUUAAUUCAAUGAUCAACAUAAUUUAUGAUGAGAAAUAAAAGGAUGUUUGUAUAUUU